AAGCAAGCCUGAAGGAGGGGCCUGACUAUAAACCAAACAAGCCUCCACACCCUGCAGUCCGGGGAAGUUCCUCUGCAUUCCUGCCAUACAUGCACUCACACAUAGCCAGAAAGCGGCGAGAACUCUGCGGACUGAAAGGGGGUGUGGUGUGGUGUGGUGUGGUGGGCCUGCUGAGGCCUUUUGGAGAACUGGAGACCAGACGCUCAUCAUCCAGCCCCUGCCAGUGCCAUCAUGAGUAAGGCAGGACCUGAUGAAGGUGGUGGUAUCAUCGAGAGCCACCCAGAGAAGCCACCAAAUGACAACGCACCCGGAGGUAUGAUGACAGGAGCCGGAUGGACAAAAGUCAGCUGUCCUUGCUGCGUGUCCGAACGGGUUGAGCCUCUGGUUCUGGUGAAACUUGGUGAGACGGUUCGUCCUGAGACCAAAAGAUGGCUCAUCAGAUUGAUUGGAGCUCCUCAGAAAGACGGAGGUGCAGCAUUACUGGCCCAUCCAGGUGAGGAUGUAACAGGUGACAUAAUCAUGGUCUCGGCCCCCAGAUGCACAUUGCUACAAGCAACCGAGGAGUUGGGUCUCUGUAAGACAUAUAACAAUGGCGAAAUGGAGACGUUCUCAUAUGACGACAGAGACAACUUUAGACACUCAGACAACAUGGACCUCUUCCUGACACUGGCUGAGAAACAAUACAUCGUGAAGUAUGAGCUGGAGAGUCUGCGUGCACGGAGAGAUGUUAGGAUCCCUGGUCUGGCUGACAAAUACACUCUACAGAACCGAGACAACAUCUGGCAGAAGAUGAGCUCAGCUGGCGUGGUUGUGGAUUCAUUCCCUCUUCAUAAUAAGGCAAAACUGAAAGGGCUCAGUAAAUCAUGGUACUCUGGAAGCCAACUGUCACAACCACUGGAUUCAGUCAAUGCAUAUUUUGGAAGCACAGUUGGGUAUUACUUCAGCUUCCUUGAUUUCUACACUUGGUCUCUGGUCCCACCGGCUAUCCUGGGCCUUUCCAUCACUUACUUCUCCAGUGAGGUUCAGAAGGAAGCGGUGGAGGCAGUGGCUGGCUCACAGGCUGAGGUUCACGAGGGGGAUGCUGGACUCGCCGUCAGUGGUCAUAUGAUUCAGGCUGUGUUCAGCAUGCUCUGGUCCACUGUCUUCAUGGAGCUGUGGAAGCGUCGCAGCUCCUCCACGUCUUACCGCUGGGGGACCCUCCACCUCGCUGAGCGCUUCGCUGAGCCUCGACCCGCUUUUCACGGUAGUCUCGGCGUGAACCCUGUCACUGGUCGCAUGGAGCCACUGUUUCCUGAAUGGCAGAGGGAUCUGCGGAUGGCGCUGGUCUCCAUCCCUGUGGUCAUACUGUUUCUGGGGAUGGUGGUCCUUGGUAUGCUGGUCUUCUAUUGGGGCGAGACCCAAGUGAUGUGGCUCCACGAGGAGUGGGACUCAAUGGUAUCUCAGACGUUGCUCUAUGCACCUUCUGUGCUUCACAUUGUCUACACCAAUGUGCUGGCUACAGUUUACAAAACGGUGGCACAGUCACUGACUGAAUUUGAGAACCACAGAGAAGAGUCCGCCUUCCAGAACCACCUAACAGCCAAAGUAUUGGUGUUCACAUUCUUCAACUACUUUGCAGUGCUCUUCCACAUUGCAUUUGUCAAGCACGAUGUGCCUUUGCUUCGCAAGCGCCUGGCCUCAUUGCUGAUCAUAACCCAGUUGGUGAACCAGGUGACUGAAGUGGUGGUACCCUUCCUGGUGGACCGUUUCAUUAGUGCUCCACACAGGACGGAGACUGAAGAUGACCCAGAGGAGGAUAAAUUUAGGAAUCAGAUCACCCUGCCAGUGUUCCCCGGCCUGUUUGCAGAGUACAUUGAGCUCCUGGUGCAGUUCGGCUAUCUGAGUCUUUUCUCGUGCAUCUACCCUCUGACGGCCGUUCUGCUGCUCAUCAACAACGUAACGGAGAUUCGCUCCGACGCCUACAAGAUCUGCAAACUCUUCCGCAAGCCGUUCUCCGCCCCCACGGCCAACAUGGGCGUGUGGCAGAUUGCGUUCGAGAUACUGAGUUACGUCGCGGUUGUGUCAAACUGCUGGCUGCUGACGCUGUCGCCACAGUUGCAGAGGAUGCGUCACGAGGGUCGCAUAAGCAACACCGACAUCGUGCUUUUUGCCAUUGUGGUCGAGCACAUUCUCAUCAUAGUCAAGCUGAUUGUGGCUGCCCUGAUUCCAGAUGAACCUGGUUGGAUCAGAAAAAAAAGAGCCCGCAUGCAGUACACAUCCAUGCAGGCAAUACGACGGCAGAAUCUGUCUUCUGAGGAGUCCUGAAUUGGUUUCAAAAUAUGAGGCAAUGUGAUACGACGGAAGAAUCUUUGAGCUUCAACAGCAUGUUUCUGUGCCUAGAUACUCCUCAUACAUGCUUUCAAAGAUGCCAUUUUACACUUUGGAUUCAAGUCAAAGGCUGUUUAGUUUAUUCAAAUAAAAAAUAAUUUAUUUUAAAUCCAAAAGGGGAAAAUGUCUUGUCAUCUUUAGAUGAAAAAAUGCUAUGGAAUUUAAAUUAAAAAAAAAAAACCAAAAAAUCCUUGAGACUUUCAAGUGUCUGUCUCAAUUGCAGAAUUGUACCCAGACUUCAAGUGAUGAGUAGCUACAGUAUACAAGAAAAAGUAUGUUGUGUUUUUUUUGUUUCUAAUAAAUUAUUAACCAUUAGGAAGGGUUCCCACGAGGCGUUUUAACAUUGACAAAUACAGGAUUAAGUUAUUGAUUUUUAAGUUUUUAACCAGUAACCCCCGCUCUUAAAUUUAAAGGGUCAUUGGCAAUACACACUUAAUGGUUGCUAGCGAGUCUUAACAGCAGUAGUAAUUUCAAAGUUCCAAAUGGCAUUUUUGAUUCCGCAAAGCUUCUUGCUAGUAAGCCACAUGGUGCUUGUACAAUGUACUCAUUCCUGCCAUAUGAUGGAAAUGCAAAUCAAACAUAAUUUAGAAUAUUUCAUGUUUCUUUGUUGCACCAUUUUAUCCAAACUGAAUGUACAGUGUAUACUGCUUGUUGUAUAGGAAAGGAGAUUUCAUGUACAUAUGUUUGUGUUGGUGGUUAAAGAGAAUAAUUUAUCUGGGAUAGGCAGAAUAUUUAUGAUGACACUGUAUUCUUGACAAGAUUUUAUGAGUAUCUUGUUAUAAGGUGCCUACUAUAGCAGUGUUAGGCAGUUAACAUUAAAAAAAAAAAAAAAUCUUUCUCAGUAAUUAUAAACCAAAUUCAAUCUAUCAAAGUACUUUAAACUACUGCUCAUUAUUUGCUUUGGUGGUUAUUCUGAAGUAGUUGGUACUAAUGUUGGGCCAGCUCCCUAACGAGAUUAUUUAAUGGGGACUCCGAACAUGAUACUUGCAAAUUGCACCCAAUAAUAUGAAAUGUGGAUCCUGCAGCUGCCAUUUUUAAAGUACACAAUAUGCAAUAGUUAAAAAUUAGUGUUGUGAGCAAUGUGAGGAAAAAUGCCAAAAGACCACCUGUGCUCUUAUGCCGCUUUUUGCUGUGGUGUUGAACGCUUUUAUACUCUGUAUUGUGCCUCUGAUGGCUGCUUAACUCAGCAGUAUUACCGCUAAUUUGCCUUUUGCUACAUUAUGCUACUCAGUGCUGGCAGAUUGUUGCAUACAGCAAAUGAAUAUGGCAAUCAUACUCUUGGGAGGGUUCUUCUUCCAAAAAAUUGCAUAACAGAGUCGCCUCUCUCUGUUUACAAGAAAAAGUAGUUAUCCCGCAUCUAUCCAGCAGUUAGUAGUGUUUACGCCUAGCGUGUGAAAGUGUUUACUAAGAUUGACUAUCUCCUUGAAAGCGGGUGUGACCACAGUUUGUGUCCCAAUAAAAGACUUGUCAAUA